AUGGCUUUCCUUCAACCGGGCUUUUGUCUCUAUGGCCCCUGGACCAGAGCUGUGGAGCUCUGCAUCCCAUCGUUCUGCGUUGCGGAUGAAAAAGUCUGGCGUCCGGAGUUCGUCUCCGAUUACUUUUCUACCAGGAGAUUGGCGGUAACACGCUACAUCAACUGGUUGAUCAAUGACGUGGCGACCCGGGCAAGACUGGAACACGCCGAGGAGGCUUCUCUUUUGGAGGCCCCUACGCAGGUGAUCAAGUGGAGUGAUCCUGCACCAAUCGAGGAGUGGAUUCGCGCCACAGCCUCUGUAAGACCGGCUGGGCAGGCAGCCAGCCGGCACUCGGUAUCGUCCCAUGGGGGAGUAUCGGGAAUCCUUAGACCGGGAUUGAGGCAGGCAGUCUUUUCUAAAAGCUGCCAGCGUGUUGUUCCAGUGGUCUUUGGCUCUUUGGAGGACGCCUCGGUGGCCUCCGUGGAAGGAGAGAGUGGUCGUUGCAGCGGCGAACCACCAUUUUCGAAUGCACCGGAUCCAAAAUCUUUGGUCCGCCGCGGACUCCUCUUCUUUCCAGAGCUGGACGUCCGCUAUAUGUGGGGUGACGAGUAUAAACGCGCGAAGGCGCGAUUCCUAUUGGAAGUUUAUGGAAUCGACCUUUAG